AUGGCCCUCCCUUCUGCACCCCAUCUCACCCAGCUGCUGCUCAUCUUCGCCGCCGCGUUUUGUCCGAUUGCAGCCGGCGUCAAGUGUUUCUGCGAUCGCUCCAGCUGCCAGGACGCGCUCAUCUGCAGCGGCGACUAUUGCGUGAUCGGCGUGAGGAAAGAUGGAGACGCCACAGUAUUGCACCAGCUCUGCGCAGAGGCCGAUGGCAGCAAGGGCAGGAAUAACUGCGAGCGGCUCGUUGAUAGCUGGCAAGAGGUUGGUGACCUA